CACAGCUGCACUCCUCUCAGAGGUGAUAGUGCUGCAGCGAAUGGAGGCGAGCGGCUGGGAGCGCCACAACCACCAAUUGUUUGGAUGUCUGAGUAGUUUUUAUUUGGAUGUCGGACUUUUACUGAGACAUAUUUAACCGCGUUUAAGCAACCACCCUUUAAAAAAACUGGGUAGCUUUUUCUUUUACUAAGCAGCGAUAGCCUGGCGUUUGAAAAAGGGCGUGUGUGCGGGGAAAGGCAGUUUAACCAUUUCAUGUAGGUAGUCCGUGUAUAUAUAUGCUAUUGUAGAUCUGUUCACACCAUCUGGGUCUAAAAGACACCGUGGAAGAUGGGAUGCACACUGAGCACAGAGGACAAGGCGGCGGUGGAGCGCAGUAAAAUGAUCGACAGAAAUCUGAGGGACGACGGAGAGAAAGCGGCCAGGGAGGUGAAGUUGCUGCUGCUCGGUGCUGGUGAAUCUGGAAAAAGCACAAUAGUCAAGCAGAUGAAAAUCAUCCACGAAGCAGGCUACUCAGAAGAGGAGUGCAAACAGUACAAGGCUGUAGUCUACAGCAACACAAUCCAGUCUAUCAUUGCCAUCAUCAGAGCCAUGGGUCGCCUUAAGAUCGACUUUGGAGACCCAGGGAGAGCUGACGAUGCGCGGCAGCUGUUUGUGCUGGCGGGCUCUGCAGAGGAGGGCUUCAUGACCGCAGAGCUGGCAGGUGUCAUUAAACGGCUGUGGAAGGACGGAGGGGUCCAGGCCUGCUUCAGCCGCUCUCGCGAAUAUCAGCUCAACGAUUCAGCAGCAUACUACUUGAAUGACUUGGACAGGAUAUCGCAGGCUACCUACAUUCCCACACAGCAGGACGUCCUGAGGACCCGAGUCAAAACCACAGGAAUUGUUGAGACACACUUCACAUUCAAGGACCUCCACUUCAAAAUGUUUGAUGUGGGAGGUCAGAGGUCAGAGAGGAAGAAGUGGAUUCACUGCUUUGAGGGUGUGACAGCCAUCAUCUUCUGUGUGGCCCUGAGUGACUACGACCUGGUGCUGGCUGAGGACGAGGAGAUGAACCGAAUGCAUGAAAGUAUGAAGCUGUUUGACAGUAUCUGCAACAACAAGUGGUUCACUGACACGUCCAUUAUCCUGUUCCUCAACAAGAAGGACCUUUUUGAAGAAAAGAUCAAGAAGAGUCCCCUCACCAUCUGCUACCCUGAAUACGCUGGCUCUAACACGUACGAGGAAGCUGCCGCCUACAUCCAGUGUCAGUUUGAAGAUUUGAACAAGAGAAAAGACACAAAGGAGAUUUACACCCAUUUCACAUGCGCCACAGACACCAAGAAUGUGCAGUUUGUGUUUGACGCUGUCACUGACGUCAUUAUUAAGAACAACCUAAAAGACUGUGGCCUCUUCUGAGGACGACAACAGCAAACAAUUUUUACGGGCAGUGGAGCCAGCCUGAUGUGCAUCUUUUUGCGGGGAAGAUGAUGAGAGAAGCUCAGAGGAUCAUGGACCAGUGCUGUACUAUAUGCCACUUUUACACAGCUUUAUUUAUGUUUUUGUCUUGGGACAUUUUGAACAAACAUUUCAACAUCUGUGUAGAAUGUCUCAUUGUAAAAGCAUCAAUGCAGAUUUCAACACUUUUUUUUUUUUUUUGUCCUGUUCAUAUUUCAAGGUGAACUUUUCCUUCAUUUUCUGGAAAAGAUACCUUUGUGGUGGAAAUACAUCUUUUCUUCCUUUAUUUUGAAGGGAGAAAAGUAGUUUGAGUCUAGUUUGUUGGUACUUGUGCCUUGGCAUGCCUUUACUGCGUCCUGUUGCUCGUUCUGUUGCCUGCUGAUCUGUCCUGUUUUCAUAUGUUUGUGUCCCUGCUAUUUUCUAUGUGCACACCAGUGAGCUAUUGGAGGAAGCAGAUUUUCCCCUGUUUAAAGGUACAUGGUUCCCAUAUGGUAACCCAACAUGUAGCUGCUACUGUCCCCAUCUUGCCCGCCAUGACAAUGAAAGGCCUGGCUAGCCAACAGUGUACUGAGGUCUUUAUUGUUACAAAUAGCCCUUACUUCUGGGGUUUGGGUUUUUUAACAAUGUGUAAAUUGUCCAUUCUUCCCUGUUACUUAGAAAAAUGGAGUGUUAAUGGCACUGACUCUGUUCAUACACAAGAGUUUUAAAUGAUCCGAGUAGGCACAUUUUAUUGUACAUUUUUAUUGUAUUUUAAGGAGAAUUACUGAACUACAGCAGACAAUGUAAAAGUGAGUAUGUGGUUUCUUUAGGAUUGAGACAUACUUUUACUUCCUGUCCCUGCAAUCCCUGCAUUAUCAGCGGUCAAGUUAACACAACAUGGUGAGACAACCUGGUCUGCAAUUGAUGAUCAGUCUACUUUGCCAAGAUCCAGAAACAUUGUUCUUUUCAUGUAAAGAAACUGCCACAACUGUCUAUGUAUGUGUAUGUUCUCCACAGAUGGAGAAUAUUUGUAAACUCAUCUCCCUUAUUUUGCUAAUAAAACCAUUUACAAACUA